UUCCUCUCCCUCUGUUCUUCUAUCAUUCUUCUUUCUCUCCCUCCAUUCCUCCCUCUAUUUUCACUUCCUCUCCCCCACUCUUUCCUCUCCCCCAGUCUUCUCCCUCCUCUCCCUCCAUUCCUCCCUUUCCUCUUCCUCUAUUUGCAUCUCCCUUUCUUCCUCUUCUCCCUCCAUUCUUUCCCUUUCUUUCCUCUCCCUCCAUUUCUCUCUCCCUUUCUUCCUCUCCUUCCAUUCCUCCCUCUCUCUUCUCCCUCCUCUCUUUCCUCCUCCUGCUCCUCCUCUCCCAAAGCUCCAGCCCAAUCCUCCUCUUUCUCCUCCUCCUCCUUUGCUUCUCGGUCCCUCUUCUCUCCCUCACUUUCUUCUCCUCCAUCCUCCCUUGCCCAUUCCUUCCUUUCCUCCCCAGGCGGCCAAGUCCUUCCUUCCCUGCCCCCUUCCUCAGGAUGGCCUUGGUGGUGGCCCCUUGGCAGGAGGAGCUUCCCGGGGCCCCUCCGGCCCUCCCUGCCCCUCCGCCCCUGGCCCCGGCCCCCCAGGAGCCCAGCGGAGGGCCCCACGGCGAGGGCAAGGGGGCGCCCGGGGCCUCGGCCAUGGACUGCCUGGUGUGCGGGGACAAGGCCAGCGGGAAGCACUAUGGGCAGUUCACCUGCGAGGGCUGCAAGAGCUUCUUCAAGCGCUCCGUCCGGCGCAACCUGAGCUACACCUGCCGCGCCAGCCGACAGUGCCCCGUGGACCAGCACCACCGCAACCAGUGCCAGCACUGCCGCCUCACCAAGUGCCUCAAGGUCGGCAUGCGCCGCGAAGCGGUGCAACGGGGGCGCAUGGCCCAUGCCCAGCCCAGCCCCGGCCAGUACCCCAUGACCAACGGAGACCCCUACAACUGCCAUGCCUACCUGACCGGCUUCAUCUCCCUCCUCCUGCGGGCAGAGCCCUACCCCACCUCCCGCCACGGCGCCCAGUGCCUCCAGCCGGGCAACAUCAUGGGCAUCGAGAACAUCUGUGAGCUGGCCGCCCGCCUGCUCUUCAGCGCCAUCGAGUGGGCCAAGAACAUCCCCUUCUUCCCGGACUUCCAGCUGGCCGACCAGGUCUGCCUCCUGCGCAUGACCUGGAGCGAGCUCUUUGUCCUCAACGCCGCCCAGUGCGCCAUGCCCCUCCACGUGGCCCCGCUCCUGGCCGCCGCCGGGCUCCACGCCUCGCCCAUGCCGGCCGAGCGAGUGGUGGCCUUCAUGGACCACAUCCGGGUCUUCCAGGAGCAAGUGGAGAAGCUGAAGGCCCUGCACGUGGACUCGGCCGAGUAUUCCUGCCUCAAGGCCAUCGUGCUCUUCACACCCGACGCAGUGGGGCUCACGGACCUGUGCCACGUGGAGAACGUCCAGGAGAAGUCCCAGUGUGCCUUGGAGGAGUACGUCCGGAACCAGUACCCCAGCCAGCCCAGCCGCUUCGGGCGCCUCCUCCUCCGCCUCCCUUCGUUACGGAUCGUCUCGGCACCCGUGAUCGAGCAGCUCUUUUUCGUCCGGCUAGUUGGCAAGACCCCCAUCGAGACCUUGAUCCGGGACAUGCUCCUCUCCGGUUCCGGCUUCAACUGGCCCUACAUUCCCAUACAGUGAGGCUGUGCUAACUGUUUGGAGGUCAUCUCAAAUUCGCUGUUGGACGAGCCAGAUUUUACUUGAACUUGUCGUCGGACGAGCCGGACUUUACGGGACUUUUACUCGAACCUGCUGCACAAGCUGGACUUUACCGGGUCUUUACUCGAACUCGCUGUCAAACGAGCCAGACUUUAUGAUGUUGGAUCGGUGUGGAGC